AGCCCCGCCCCCUUCUUGCAAGGUUCUACUUCAUCCGGGACUUUUUUCCUAUCUCUUCCUGUUUUUCUUAUCUGAAGGUGUUCUUUACUUUGCGUUUUAACGUUCGGUUAGUACAGUUAUGACUAUUCUGCCAAAGAAGCCUCCCCCUCCGUCUCUACCAUCAGCCGAUGGAGAAGCCAAUCCAGACCGUGAACUGGAAGGGUCUAAUGUUAAUCAGGUGGCAGCUCGGAUCCAGAAGGGGCAGGAUACAACAGUGAGGACGAGUACGACGCCGCAACUUCACGAAUAGAAGCCAUGGACCCCGCCACUGUGGAACAGCAGGAACAUUGGUUUGAAAAGGCCCUAAGGGAUAAGAAAGGCUUCAUUAUCAAGCAGAUGAAGGAAGAUGGGGCUUGCUUAUUCAGAGCUGUGGCAGACCAAGUGUAUGGUGAUCAGGAUAUGCAUGAAGUUGUCCGGAAACAUUGCAUGGACUAUUUGAUGAAGAAUGCAGACUAUUUCUCUAACUAUGUUACUGAAGAUUUCACCACCUACAUUAAUCGGAAACGAAAGAACAAUUGUCAUGGCAACCACAUUGAGAUGCAGGCCAUGGCUGAAAUGUACAACAGGCCAGUGGAAGUAUAUCAGUAUAGCACAGAGCCCAUCAAUACAUUCCAUAGCAUUCAGCAAAAUGAAGAUGAGCCUAUCCGGGUCAGCUAUCACUGUAACAUCCAUUAUAAUUCUGUGGUGAAUCCUAACAAAGCCACUAUUGGUGUGGGCCUAGGGCUUCCUUCUUUCAAACCAGGGUUUGCUGAGCAGUCUCUUAUGAAGAAUGCCAUAAAAACAUCAGAGGAGUCAUGGAUUGAGCAGCAGAUGCUUGAAGAUAAGAAGCGAGCCACUGAUUGGGAGGCAACUAAUGAGGCUAUUGAAGAACAAGUAGCGAGAGAAUCCUACUUGCAGUGGCUUCGAGACCAAGAGAAACAGACUUGGCAGGUCAAGGGCCAAACACAGUCCCAGAAAGCUAGUGCCACAUGCACCUCAGCUACAGCAGCUACAUCCAGCAGCCUGGAUGAAUGGUGUGUCCGGCCUCCAAAACAGCGAACUACUGAGCAGUCAGAGCUGGUCCACAAGCCUCCCUCACCAAGCCAUGCCCUUGCCUUCACAAAACCCCCUUCACCCAGUAUUCCAGGACCAAGUAGCCAGUCAGCAGCAGGAAGUGACCAUUCUUCUUCUCCACUUGUAUCCUUAUACCCUGCUUUGGAAUGUCAGGCCUUUUUUCAACAGAUGUCACCUACUGCAUUUGGUCUGAAUGACUGGGAUGAUGAUGGAAUCUUGGCUUCAGUCCUUGCUAUAUCCCAACAGGAAUACCUAGACAGUAUGAAGAAAAGCAUAAUGCAUAGAGAUGUACCAUCAGACAAGAGCUAAUAACCAGGGCCUGGAAGUCCCUCCCUUUCUAUUUAUUCUACUCCCCUACCACAACAUUUCCCCUUAUCCUCCCAAGGUACUGUAAGGGACACAUACACACCCAUGACCAAAAUCAGUCCAGUCCACUAUAAUAUGUUCACCUCCCUCUUAUCCUUCUUAACAGUCUCCCAUUCCUUGCUCUGCUGAAAUCCAGUAAGUCGUUAAAUAAGGGAUAGAUACGCUUGAGAAAGAAAGAAAAAAUAUCAUAUUAGCAUCCCUCUUUAGUAGUAUCUACAGUGCCUUCUGGAUAAACACCUCUUUGUUGAUGCCUAGCAGAGAUGCCAGGAGAGGCCUUAAAGGCUUCCUCGACCCCCCUCUAAAACUUGCCUCCCACCCCUACACUCCCAAGGAUAGACAAUACCAUCUGUGAUUAGGUAUCUUUCCUCCUUCAUCCAACUAUAUUAAAACAUUUUUUUUUUUUAAAGAUACACUGGCCUGAGUACAUGGUUGUAGAAAACUGGGGAAUGGGUUUAAGAGACACUUCAGAUUAACUAAAUAACUAUCUUUCAUUCCCUGUCUAACCUACUUUCUCACUUUUUUUUUUUGCUAAACUGAACAAUGAAUAUAAACAUUCUUCUUUUCCUUGUGGGGCUUUUGGACAAUAAAACACCAAAGCUCAAAAGAUGUGUGUAUUGUUCUCAAAGUUCCCAAAAAGAAUUUGGGAAAUGAAAGAGAAAAUAAAAGGGACACCUUACACUGCUUGUAGAAUUGAAAGAAGGGACUAAUCUAUUUUCUUUUUUUUUUUUUUUAACAUUUACUAAUCUAUUUUCUUGAAAAAAAUCAAGCAAAACCGAAAGGGAAGAUUAGGAGACUAGUACAGUAAAAGAGCACUGAUUGAAUCAGAGACCUAGAUUUGAAUUCUUUUAAAUCACAUUAAAUGAAAUGCCUUUGAUUACUACUUCUGUGGUUUUAUACAAGUCAUUUGACCUUGUCUCUAAGUUUCCUUAAAUGUAAAAUGAAGAGUAUUAUAGACCCAGUUCUAAUCAAAUACAAACUUGAAACAAGCAGACUAUAGACAUUUAAAAAGAAAUGUCCUUAGUCCACAGCAUGGGUUAAAAGGACAUGACUUCUCUGCUUCUUUUUAGGAAAUCUAAUUCACAAGGUGAAGAUGUACACAUCUCCUGUUUCAUAAUAGAAUGGCUUUUAUAGUUCAGCUAUGAGAGAUAUGAGAGAGAUUGAGCUAUUAAUUAUCUAUCUGUCUCCUGAGUCAAUAAUUGUCUCUUAAGAUUUCAAUGCCUUUUAAGAAAAA